GAGCAGUUCAGCAGUCCACGCGAGGAGCGACUCACACGUCACAUCUGAACCCCUCGCUGCCAGUGGUAGUCUUCAACAAGGUCUGCUGUUUCUUAGCACUCUUCAAAAUUGUAUUUAAGUUUACCAGCUGAAGCCAAAAUGGAGGAGGCCAACAAGCUCGUCGGGACCGGCAAGAAGUUCCUGGUGACGGGGAAGGUGGUGGAGGCAGUGAGCGCCCUGCAGGAGGCCUGCGGGAUGCUAGCUAAGAAGUACGGAGACACGGCGGAUGAGUGCGGGGAGGCGUUCUACUGGUGUGGGAAAGCACUGCUGGAUUUGGCACGGAUGGAGAACUCCGUCCUGGGGAACGCUCUGGAAGGAGUCCCGGAGGAGGAGGAGGAAAAGCCCAAAGACUCCAACGUUGAGAGCGUAGAAAAUGUUGAUGAAAAGUCCAGAGACGAGCUGAGGGUUCAGGUGUACGAUGCCAUGGCGGAGAAGAAAACAGACUCCGAGAAGCAGAGCGAGGCGACGGAGGAGAGCAAGACUGAAGGCUCAGAGGCUACACCGGAGAAGAAGGAGGAGGAAGAGGACGGCGAGGAUGAAUCACCUGCUGAGGAGAAGGAGGGAGAAUCUGAAGCUGCUGCUGAACAGGAAGAAUCUACAGAUAAACCAGAGGAAGCUGGAGGCGAUGAAGACGAGGACGACGAAGAGACGGAGGCUGAAGUGGAGGAGCUCGGUGAAGGGGAGCCCACUGCUGACAAGGACAGUGAGGAUGAGGAGGUGGGGAACCUGCAGCUGGCCUGGGAGAUGCUGGAAGUGGCUAAAGUCAUCUACAGAAGGAAGGAGGGGAAGGACGACCAGCUGAUGGCGGCGCAGACCCACCUGAAGCUGGGAGAGGUUUCUGCCGAGUCGGGAAAUUACAACCAGGCACUCGAGGACUUCCAGGAGUGUCUGAAGGUCCAGCUGAAGCACCUGGACCCGGACAGCCGCCUGCUGGCAGAGACCCACUACCAGCUGGGGGUCACCCACAGCCUGAACCUCCAGUACGUCCCGGCCAUCCAGGCCCUGAAUAACUCCAUCUCGGUCAUCAAGAACAGGCUGGAAAAACUGCAGGAGAUGAUGGACAAAGCCGAGAGUCCAGAAGCUCUGGAAGAGGAGAGGAAGGAGAUGGAGGAGCUGAAGGCUCUGCUCCCAGAGAUCCAGGAGAAGGUGGAAGACGCCACUGAGGGGAUGAAGAGCAGCGCUGAGGCGGCUCAGGAUGGAGCCUCCAGUUCCUCUGCUUUGCCCGAUUCUACCGUCGGCCCUGCUGACUCUUCGUCCAGUCCAGCACUGCAAAGCACCAACAGCACCAGUGUACAUCCCUCCACCGUCCCAGUGUCCGAUAUCUCCCACCUGGUCAGAAAGAAGAGGAAACCAGAAAGUCCAGUAAAGGAAGCUGAAGUGAAGAGGGUGAAGCAGGACGACGACCAGGAGCCCCCCGCCAACGGGAUCCACAAAGCUAACGGAGAUUCCGCCAAACGCACCGAAAACAUGGAGGUGGCAAAGUGACGCGUCUUUAGGCUUCCUUCCACUUUUCUUUGAUGCUCACUGUCCAAGAAUAUGAAAUACACUCUGCUCAGGGGACGCAUCUCUGAAGUUCAGAACUGCAAUGUUCAGGUUUGGCUGCAGAAAGACCACGACCACAGAACCUGGAGCCUCCUCACUUGUGUUUUAAGUCGGUGAAGCCAGACCGGUUCACAUUCUCCUGGACAGCUCUCACACCGGGUUGCUGCUGUUGUAAAUAUGUUGUUUUUCUAAACCUUUUUGUAACCUGUAAAGUUAAUAAAGAUUGUCAGCUGAA